UGCCUAAAAGGGCAUUGUCGUCUGCAGCGUGCAAGGAGAAGUAGCGAUUACAUCUUUGCCUUAAAGGACAUUAUCGUCUGCAAAGUGCAAAAUGAAGUAGCAUUAAAUACGGGGUAUAUUCGUUUGUCAAUUCUGCUGGUCCUCAAAAACUCCAAAAUCGGAACAAAAAUUAUAAACAUACAGAUCUGUUGAAAUCGAUUCGUCAAUCAAUCAUGGCAACUCCUGAGGUUCUGCAGCUCAUUGAAGAGGGUAUUGUUACUUCUCCUAUGCUUGAUCAUCCAAAAGCUGAAACUGCGAAGUCGCGAGGUUUGUCAAUUGAGAAGAAAAUUGAGUUCCUUGAGAGCUUGACUGCCAAAGUGAGUAACAGGAGAUCUCGUAGAUGGAUAAAUGAUCGUUUAUUAAUGGAACUUGUUCCUCGUUUGAAUGCUGAUGAAAUUAGAGGCUUGUUUGCCCCACCACCAUGGGGUGAUGAUGUACCACCAUCAGCAUUUUCCAUGACUAAUGUGGGAGAGUGGGAAUACUUUAGGAAUAUAGAUAUGGACAAACAGGCCCAUAUUAUUGAUGGCCUAAGUAACUCAACAACAAAGAGGAGGGGUCGUAUUGAUGAAGAUAAGGUGGCUGUUUUAAAUGCAUGGCGCAGAAUAGAUUGCCGAACAAGAGAGGCUCUUCGUCGUAGCUUUCUUACAGAUCUUAUUGAUGGCUAUGAGACUUGCAUACGGGCCUUCAUUCAGGAAAGCGAAGAUGAAGACGUUCUUGCACUACAAGUUCAAGAUCCUUUUCAUAGAUUGUUGCUUCAUGGUGUUUGUGAGUUUUACAACUUGGCAUCAGUAACAGCGUCUGAGUCCAAGGAGACAGAAUCGCUGAAGACAACUAGGAUAAAGAAGAAGAAAAUGGGAGUGAGCGAGCUUCCAACUAUCACCCUGUCACAUUUCCUGAAAAUGUCAAAGGGAGGCAUUUGGUGAUCCGACUGGGAAGGAGCUCCAAGUUGUGUACAUAAAUAAGAUAUAAUCCAUCUUGAUAUUGGAACUCCCAAUUCAGAGUAUAAGAUUGAAUCUGGAUGUAACAUUUUAUAUAAUUUGUAUCAUUUCUCACUGUAAUUUGUGGAUCUCCAAGCUUUCAAGAAGCUGCAGAGUCUGAAUGUAGAUUAUAUUUCCGAUCAGCCAAAGGGGGCUGAUUGUAGUAGGUUCAGUCUUGAUAGUUGACAAUGUAGGUUCCUUCAAAAUAUCAUUGUACUUGCAGUUGAAUUGAUGUAUUUGAAGUUUCAUUUCUUUUA